CCCGGGAGUUGUCGACAGUAGUGGCCAUGGCGCGCGCGCUGGCGGAUCUAUCCGUGAACCUGCAGGUCCCCCGGGUCGUCCCCAGCCCGGAUUCGGACUCGGAUACAGACUUGGAGGAUCCGAGUCCCCGGCGCAGCGCGGGUGGCCUGCAUCGAUCACAGGUCAUCCACAGCGGACACUUCAUGGUGUCCUCGCCGCACAGCGACUCGCUGACCCGGCGACGCGACCAGGAGGGGCCCGUGGGGCUCACCGACUUCGGGCCGCGCAGCAUCGAUCCGACACUCACCCGCCUCUUCGAGUGCUUGAGCCUGGCUUACAGUGGCAAGCUGGUCUCUCCCAAGUGGAAGAACUUCAAAGGCCUCGAGUUGCUAUGCCGGGACAAGAUCCGACUGAACAACGCCAUCUGGAGAGCCUGGUACAUUCAGUAUGUGCAACGGAGGAAGAGCCCAGUGUGUGGCUUCGUGACCCCUCUGCAGGGCUCUGAAGCCGAUGAGCACCGGAAACCUCAGGCUGUCGUCCUGGAGGGGAAUUACUGGAAGCGGCGCAUCGAGGUGGUGAUGCGCGAAUACCACAAGUGGAGAAUCUACUACAAGAAGCGGCUCCGUAAGUCCAGCAGGGAAGGAGAUUUCCUGACUCCCAAGCAGGUGGAAGGUGGGUGGCCGCCACCAGAGCGAUGGUGCGAACAGCUCUUCUCCAGCGUGGUGCCUGUGCUGCUUGCGGGCUCCGAGGAGGAGCCUGGGGGCCGGCAGCUUCUCGACCUGGACUGCUUCUUGUCCGAUAUCUCCGACACACUCUUCACCAUGACACAGCCCAGCCCCUCGUCCCUACAACUGCCCCCAGAAGACACUUAUGUUGGCAAUGCUGACAUGAUCCAGCCAGACCUGACGCCGCUGCAGCCCAGCCUGGAUGACUUCAUGGAGAUAUCAGAUUUCUUCACCAAUUACCGCCCCUCUCAGACACCCACAUCUUCAAACUUCCUGGAGCCCCCCAGCUUUGGCCCCAUGGCUGACUCCCUCUUCAGCGGUGGGACCCUGGCCCCAGAGAUGCCAUCUCCAGCCUCCUCUUCCUCAUCCUCGGGUCUGACCCCUCUCUCAGGGAAUACACGCCCACAGGCUCGAAACAACUGCUCUGGACCCUUGGAUCCCGGUACCUUUCUGAGCUCUGAAUUCCUUCUUCCUGAAGACCCUAAGACCAAGAUCCCACCUGCUCCUGUACCAACUCCUCUCCUUCCAUAUCCCACCCCGGUCAAGGUGCAUGGCUUAGAGCCCUGCACCACCUCCCCCUUCCCCACAAUGGCUCCACCUCCCGCUUUGUUGCCAGAAGAGCCUCUCUUCUCUGCCAGGUUCCCCUUCACCACAGUCCCUCCUGCUCCAGGAGUGUCUACACUUCCUGCACCCACAACCUUUGUUCCCACCCCACAGCCUGGCCCUGGCCCUGGGCCUGGCCCUGGCCCUGGCCCAGCUCCUUUCCCUGUAGACCAUCUGCCCCAUGGGUACCUGGAACCCAUCUUUGGGCCUCACUUCACCAUGCCUCAGGGUGUGCAGCCCAGAUGCAAGCCCUCUUCCCCAUCCCCCGGGGGACGAAAAGCCAGUCUACCCGCCUUGGCCUCUGCCACCAAUACUGCCAGAGACAACAACCCCUGCCUUACACAGCUGCUCAGGGCAGCCAAGCCUGAGCAAGCACUGGAACCUGCGACUGUGCCCAGCACCCUCCUCCGGCCUCCAGAGUCCCCGCAGGAUCCAGUCUCUGAAAUCCCUCGUGCCCGUGCCUUUUUCCCCCCAAUCCCGGCCCCUACACCACCCCGGCCACCUCCAGGUCCAGCCACAUUGGCUCCUCCCAGGUCCCUGGUUGUCCCCAAAGCAGAGAGGCUCUCACCUCCUGCAUCCAGCGGCAGUGAGCGGCGACUCUCAGGGGAUCUCAACUCCAUACAACCCUUGGGGGCACUGAGUGUCCACCUGUCUCCCCCUCAAACUGUCCUAAGCCGGGGUCGUGUAGACAACAGCAAGAUGGAGAACCGACGCAUCACACACAUCUCCGCGGAGCAGAAGAGGCGGUUCAAUAUUAAACUAGGAUUCGACACCCUGCACGGACUGGUCAGCACGCUCAGUGCCCAGCCCAGCCUCAAGGUGAGCAAAGCAACCACGCUUCAGAAGACGGCGGAGUACAUCCUGAUGCUGCAGCAGGAGCGGGCGGCCAUGCAGGAGGAGGCGCAGCAGCUGCGGGAUGAAAUCGAGGAACUCAAUGCUGCCAUCAACUUGUGCCAGCAGCAGUUACCAGCCACCGGGGUGCCCAUCACACAUCAGCGCUUUGACCAGAUGCGGGACAUGUUUGAUGACUAUGUCCGGACCCGCACGCUGCACAACUGGAAGUUCUGGGUAUUCAGCAUCCUCAUCCGACCUUUAUUUGAGUCCUUCAAUGGGAUGGUGUCUACCGCAAGCUUGCACAGCCUCCGCCAGACCUCGCUGGCCUGGCUGGACCAGUACUGUUCCCUGCCUGCUCUCCGGCCAACUGUCCUGAAUUCCCUUCGCCAGCUCAGCACUUCCACCAGCAUCCUGACUGACCCAAGCCUCGUGCCUGAGCAAGCCACACGGGCAGUCACGGAGGGGACCCUGGGCCGACCGUUAUAAUCUUACUGAAGGGUUCCAAGCUCCAGGAACAACGUGUGGACACGCCCCCUCUGGCCACGCCCCUCUCCAUCCUGGCUGGCCCUCCUCCCCCCCCCCCCCCCCAGGGCUGGAAGAUUCCAGGUGUUCCACUCACCACCUCCUUGGGGAUGGAGAAGAACCUGGUUCCAUCCCUUGCACUGUUGCUAAUGCCAAGAUCCCUGAGGAUUCGUACCCCUUCUUUGGACCUCCCUUUAAUAACAGAGGACCCCAAACGCAUUAGCAGCUGCAGGCACUGGGGACCUAAGCAGGAUCUCUUAUGAGAGAUGAUGUCAGUCUGUUUCCUCAGAACUACCUGUUUUGGAUAAUGGGCACCACCCUUAGUUCCUGAGCGGGAAGGCAGAGCAGGAGAUCGCCUCUCUUUGCCCCUGCACUGACAUGGGGAGCUACAGGGUGGCUUCCUGGGUGAGGCCCCUGAGGUCUGAUGCCAGGAGAGACCAGGGCAAGGGACAGCCAGAGUAUGACAGGCAUCUUGCAUGAAUGUAGGUGUGUGUGUGUGUGCAUAUGUGGAUUUUAUUAAAAUAAAUGUUCUUGAUCAAUAAAAGCAAAAACUGAUGGCAAGGGCA